AUGGCAACGACACAAACCGAACCCAGGCCACUCAUUCUCCUCGGAGAUGGUAGUUGGUGUGGUCGCGAGGCAGACACACGAUCCAACAUCUAUCGACUGGCCGAUAUGGUCGGAAUCAAAAUCAAGGAUCCCACAGACACAGAUGUGCAUGUAAUGAAAGACAAAGCGUGGUAUAUCCACGGUGUUGGGCUGGAAAGCACUUUUCUUGACUAUGUCUUCAACGGAAUAACGGCGCAAGAUAUUGCCGCGCAAUGCAUAGAGGCAUACAAAUUCAUCGUCAGCAAUUACACAUAUCCCGAGCGCCAGAUCUGGAUGUUUGGCUUGUCUAGAGGAGCGUAUAUGGUCCGAUCAGUUGCCGGCAUGAUCAACAACUGCGGCAUCGUCAAACCUGUAAUCCACGACGACGGCACAAUCGACCACGCCAAAACUGACCUACUCUGCCACCAAGUGUACCGGAUCUACCGCUCCACCGAUCCCGCUAAUGACCCGCACGCCGCUCAGGCUCUGGAGUUCCGUCAAAAGGCCAGUUGGCCGUUGAUUGGAGACGAGCAACCCGGGGAUCCAGAAUUGACACCUCCCGUGAAAUUCAUGGGGCUGUUUGACACGGUCGGCAGCCUAGGAAUUCCAGACUUUGUCGGUGGUAUAGGCUUGGACUGGCCUCAAUUCCAUGAUCAAAACGUCUCAACUGUCGUCGAGCUGGUGUACCACGCCUUGUCCCUUCACGACAACCUCUAUGUUUUCCCCCCUUGUCUUGCCAAGCGGAAUCACCACCCCGGGAAGCCAGCAAACUUCGGAAUUACUCAAAAGUGGUUUCCUGGCGUGCACUAUGACCUGGGCCGGCAGCGUUUUCGUUUCUUUCGCAUGUUUGGGGGCGGGCGGUUAGAACGGCUGUUGGCGAGGUCGCCCUGGGUCAGCAAGGUGAUUCAACCCAACGAGGUGCUGUCAGAUCUUGUUUUGACCUGGAUACUCGAGGCCGUCAUGACAAAAGAUCCAGGUGGUCAAGUUAUCCCAUUCCCGCGAGUAAGCGAGGAGGUUAUAGCAGCAAAGGACAGAAUUGCGUCUGGAAAAAAGACUGGCGAUGGAGACGUUUAUCAGAAUAUCCUCGCCUAUGCUCCGUUCGGCAAUCCGGUUGUGGAGAUUUUAACCUUCCUUUACGGCACAAGGUGGCAGACGAAUGAGAUUUACCAGCUCUUUUUUGCCCUGCGAGAUCGACUCGUGGAUCUUGACUCAGAGGUGUAUAACUUCACAACCGUCGAUGAGUCCAUUCCCAACUCAAAGGGCCUCACUAUCACCGAGCUAGCGAGGAUUACCGAGUCAAGAUAUCCAUCACAAGCAUACGAGGGUUGGAGAUUG